UGCUCAGCGAUGACUAUGGCAAGAUACAGGCCUACGUGGGACUUGGCGCUCGAUCCCUUGGUGUCUUGUAAACUCUGUCUCGGGGAAUAUCCUUUGGAGCAGAUGACAACAAUAGCCCAGUGCCAAUGCAUCUUCUGUACCCUGUGCCUGAAACAGUAUGUUGAGCUGUUGAUCAAAGAAGGACUAGAAACUGCAAUUAGCUGCCCAGAUGCAGCUUGCCCAAAACGAGGUCAUCUACAAGAGAAUGAGAUUGAAUGUAUGGUUGCAUCUGAAAUUAUGCAAAGAUAUAAAAAGCUGCAGUUUGAAAGAGAAGUGCUGCUGGAUCCUUGCCGGACGUGGUGCCCAUCUUCUACUUGCCAGGCUGUUUGCCAACUUCAAGAUAUGGGGCCACAAACGCCACAGCUGGUGCAGUGUAAGGCAUGCAACAUGGAAUUCUGUUCUUCUUGUAAAGCCAACUGGCAUCCUGGGCAAGGCUGCCAAGAAACAAUGCCAGUCACCUUCCUCCCUGGAGAAACAAGCUCAUCUUUCAAAAUAGACGAGGAAGACGCACCGAUCAAACGCUGCCCAAAGUGCCGAGUGUACAUUGAACGGGAUGAAGGCUGUGCCCAAAUGAUGUGCAAAAAUUGCAAGCAUGCGUUCUGCUGGUACUGCCUUGAAUCCUUAGAUGAUGACUUUCUCUUAAUACAUUAUGAUAAAGGACCUUGUCGAAACAAGCUUGGCCACUCCAGGGCAUCUGUGAUCUGGCACAGAACGCAGGUGGUGGGCAUUUUCGCUGGCUUCGGCCUUUUGCUGUUAGUAGCCUCUCCUUUCCUGUUACUGGCAACACCCUUUGUCCUCUGCUGCAAAUGCAAGUGUCAUAAGGGCGAUGAUGAUCCCCUACCAACCUAGACCCAGGGAAGACUGGACUCCUGCCUUUGGGGAAACAUGUUUCUCCCCUCCUCCCACUCCCUCCCUCGCCCGCCCUUGCACUCCCCAUUGUUACAGCCUCACGUGCCCCAUCCUGCUUCCCAGCCACACAUGGUGCCAUGAUUCUGGGUAAUGAUGUCAAGGCAGUUGCAAAGACUCACUUGCAGAAGUCCAGCAGGAAUGUGGAAGAUGAGCCAGGCAUGGAGUGCCUGUUGUACAGAGGAGAAACAUGUUGGCAGAUUUUCAAAGGGAGAUGCAGCCGGUAAUAUGUGUGAUAACUUUAUAUGGCCAGAGACUAUGGGGAGGGAAGCCAAACAUGGAAGAUCCAUAGCCUAUGAGACAUUCGAUCACAACCUUUUAUACCAAUCAGCAACAAGAUGGGAUCCUCCUCUUUAGAGAAAGGAUUUGAGAAUCACCUGCCACUUCAGACAGGAUUAGUGUGAGCAGAUUUUAGAGAAGACCUCUGUUGAUUACACUCCAUUUUAUAGUUGGCAUUGCCAAAUCCUUUUCAGUGGGAGGGUUUUUUUUCUUUUAAUGUGGAUAGCAGAAAUCGACCGGCUGCCUAGAAACCAUUCCAGGCCCUUUUGAAGGUGGGGGGCAGGGGGAAGAAGAUCAUGUGGGAGGACAGGAGAUUUGCUGCCUCAAGACUCGUCCAGCUUUGCUGCAUUUUGGACAUUUAGAAAGUCUCACGUGCUUUGUCUUGUUCUGAUGUCUUUUGAAAAGCUGUUAGUUGGAGUGGGGAGGGAUACAAACCUACCCCAUGGAUGUUCUUUGUGAAAAUUACUGCCAUGUUCGAAAGAGCAUCCCUGUCGGUCUUCCCAAAUUUGUUUGACUGUUUAAGGAUGCACUCCACACAUAGGGCUCAUGAUUUCUUAUCCAGGUAUCAGGAUUCUUUUUAUGUCUCUAAACCAAAUGUGUAAAUAGUUCAAAAUCGCUAGGGUUUAGGAAACCUGAAACAGCUUGCUUCUGUCUAAUUAAAUAAGGAGAAAGAACAGUGCAGUAUUACUGUCUCGUUAGCUACCUGCAGACUCACUCAUAUCCCAGCAGGGAUUUCUCCUUUACAAAGCAAGAAAGUCCUCAUCUCUGUGAGACUAGAGGAGUUCCUGGAAUUUGUAUUUCACUUUCAAAGUUAUUCAGCAAUUUUAAAGAAUUACUUUCUUGUCCCAGUGCUUUUGGUAGUCCCACUAUGACCAACAUUCUCCCCUCCCCCCGACAGUCAUUCAAUUCAUUUUCAUUUGGGGUUUGGUUAUUUCGUGAGCUCUGGUGCUUUGUGAUGGUUUCCAAGAUUCAGAAGCUAUCUGGAGGCCAGUAGUACACAACUCAGUCAUAAAGCGCAAAUUCCUCUGCAUAUGAGCUUUGAAAAGAAGAGAAACUGUGUAAUCUGAAAGUGAUUUGUGAUAAAAUAGGCCAAUGGCUACAAAUGCUAUAUGAAGGCAGACUGACUGCUUUGCUUGUGUCACAGAAAUGUGAUAGGUCCUAGUACCAUUAGUCUGGUUCUCAGUACCAUGCUACAUUCCCUGUUACUUACAUGAUCUACUGUCCCCAUGUAAAAAAUCAAUCCCUGGCUUUUAUUAGAGAUAUUUUUCUUCUAUAGAACUCAAUGGACAAGAAGCAAUCUUCCAGAUAGAUUGAAGCAGAAAAAUCCCUGCUUAGGGUCAGAGUUGGCAAGGGCUUUCUAGAUCAUUUAAACAGAUCCCUUAAUUCUUUAGAGGAAGAGUUGAGCUCAGAGAAGGGCUGUGACUUGAACAAAGUCACUUGAGCAGUAAAUAACAAAGUCGAGGUUGGGACCUAAGUCCUAUGUCUCCAAGUGGUUUCUACCACACAGUGCAACUUUCCCAGGGUUGGGACCUAAGUCCUAUGUCCCCAAGUGGUUUCUACCACGCAGUGCAACUUUCCCAGUUAUUUCUAUCACUUUUUCAUUUUGAAUAUUUAUCUCACUUUGCUCACUUUGCCACACUUCACCCAUAGGAAAUGAUGAAAUAAACUGUCUCCAUUUCACUUCUAUGUCAAGUUUACCAGGGGAGCUAAAUCCAUUUUGAGAGUUACUUGACAUCCAAUUUACUUCCCCUCUAUUUUAAAAUUUACCGUCGACUAAAUAAUAGAGCCCUUGAGAUAAAUCCACCCAAGACUGAGACCCAAACUGUGGGUGCGUUGGGCGUAAUUGUCAAGGAGGCCCCUGGAUAGAGUUACUUGCUAACUGGAGGGAGGAGAUUGAAAUCCUCUAUCACCUUGGAGAGCAUUAUAUAAGAAGUGACUAAUGACAAGGAUGCUAGGGCCCUCAACAGAGACUCCAGGAAUUUAAUAGCCUAGGAAAAAUGAUCAGCAAACUAUCACAAUGUAUGGCCAAGAGCCAGUUUUCCAUCACAUUUGGGCUGAUCACAAGGGCUGUGCCCUUCUCCUUAUCUCUUAUAAGAGCCACUGCUCAUGUCAAUAGUCUCAAUCAUUAAUACUCUUCCUAUCCUCCAAGUGUUGGCAUACAUGUACCCUGAUCCUGGCUCAUCAAGCUUAGGUUUUAGCACUUAGGAAUUUUAGGAUCUUAGAAUCAGAGAUAGGGCAGUGACAUUUCAGGUCAUCUAAUUUAAUCCCUGUCCAGUCAAAAAGUCUCCUCCGCUGCAUUCCUAAUGAUUGGUUGUUCAGCCUUCGCUUGCACACCUACUAUCUCAACAAGACAACCCAUUCUAUUGAUGGGAACAAUUCCAUUGUAAGAAAAGUCUUCCUUAUGCUGAAGGAUUUCACAUAACAUAAUCUAUACCAUAACAUUUUUCAUAAGGGAACCUACUAUCUCAACAAAACAACCCAUUCUGUUGAUGGAACAAUUCCAUUGUAAGAAAAUUCUUCCUUAGGCUGAAAGAUUUCACAUAACGUAACAUAAUUUACAUCAUAACAUUUUCAUAAUGGUUUAUAGCUGCAAAGAUGAAGCCUCAGACGGAUUGUCUACUUUGAUCAUUUAUACAACUCUCUGAGGGAGGUAGUGAAUUACUAGCCUCAUUUGGCAAAUGAGGAAACUGAGGCUCAGAGAAAUUAACCAAUUUGCCCAAGUCUACACCAUUAACUCAUAGUAAAAUUUGAAUUUGACUUCAGUCCAGUGCUCUUUCCACUUUUCCAAAACUCCAUCCGUUACUAAAAGAUCAACUUUCUCUAUCAAGUAUGAGCCCCAUUGGUUGAGGCAUGGAGUCAGUUCCCCUUGGGCCAAGAUGUCCACUUAUACCCAAACUUAGAGUUGUAACUUGCACUCUGAUUUUCAGUGGGCACUUAGUUGAUGGUGGGUAAUAACUUAUUUUUUCUAUAACGCUUUGAAGUUUCCAAAUAAUUUUCAUUACAACAUCCAUUAGCAUAAACUUUGUUACCCCCAUGUUUUUCUGAUGAAAAAUCUGAGGCUUAAGGUUGUGAAGCGACCCACCCAUGGUCACUUAGCUGUGGAGAAAGCCAUUUCAGACACCAACCACAGGGACGUAAGUAUAAAAGGCAAUACAUUGGAAGCCAGAAAAGUGUGUAAUUGUUUCAGUGAUUGGUGGGUCUUAUGCUCUGCCCUGAGUAUUCCUUGGUGUCUGGGUUUGAUUUCUAAGACAGAUGUCAUCUGCCUUACUUUGACAUAACCAUUUAUGCUGAUAUAUCAUGUCACAUCUGACUUCACUGAUACCUCACCAGUUUUCACUGAGCCAGGUUUGUCUUUAGUGGGAAACAAAGUUUCUUCUAGUUCUCUAAUGGAGAGAUGUCUUGGUAUAAUGUAGAAAGUGCUAGACAGAGUCAAGAAGUUGUGGGUUCAAAUCCCCCCUUCAAAACAAUCUAGCUGUGUGACUAUGGGCAAGUCACUUUCUCUGAGGCUCAGUUUCCUCUUCUGUAAAAUGCAAAUAAUAAUAAUACCUCUAGUAUCUACCUCACGGGAUCGCUGAGAGGCUCCAAUUGGGUAAGGUAUGUAAAGUGAUUUGCAAACCUUAAAGCUGUGGAUUAGAAUUAGCUGUUAUGGUUACUGCUAUUCACUCUCUCAUCAGCACAUCACCCUGGGUCAGAACAUCGCUCCCUCCUGCAGCACCCCAGUGACCCCAUUGAUAAGGGCAUUCUUUUCAUCGACGCUGUAGAUGCCUCCCCAGCCUGUGUGACUUUGAUGCCUGACUUGCAUAAGCUCCACAGGGCAGGAUCCGCCCAAUUUUACCAGGGUCUUUCUUGUGGCAUCCAAAAUAACAGUGGAGAAGGAGGGCUAUGUAGAGGCUAGCCCUCCCACCUUCUGCAUGUGCCUAUCACAUGCCGUUACCUGCAUUUAUAGCUCUGAAACCAUAAUGUACAUAAAACUGGAGAUGAAACCCAUGAUGAGAUUUUUUUAACUUGACAUCCAGCAGAAGCAUUGGGAGCAAUCUCCUUGCUCAUUGAUACCACUAACGGUGGCUGUAAUGCUUCAGUUUACAGUGAGUUUCCCUCACAAACCCCUUGGCAAUUAGGUAGUAUGAGUAAUACUAUCCCCGUUUUCCAUACAAGGAAACUGAGUCUCAGAGAGGCCUUAUGCACGUGAUCACGAGGCCAAUCCGUGUCAGAGCAUGGAUUUGAGCCCAGCCUCCUUCCUUAAAUGCUACUAUUCUCUCAUAAGACAAUGGAUAUAGAACCAGAAGAUACCAUAGAUACCACGUCAUGCAGUCUCCUCAUUUUAGAGCAGAAGUAGAUCUAGAAUGAUGAAGUGACUUGCCCAAAUCACACUGGCAUUAAAUGACAGAAUAGGGAUUUGAACUCAGGGCCUUCAACUUUCCUAUGACAUCACCUCUACAGUCAUGCAUUGCCUCUUGCCUAAACUGACAGCACAACAUUAAUUUCACGUUAGUCAAUUCCACACUAUUCUCUUCAUUUGCAUCCCCGUAAUCCUUUAACUUUAUCAUGUCAUUUGCCUUCUAAGAUAAUAGUGUGACUGCUUUAUAAUACUAGGGCAAGAAGGGACAAACUAACCGUGUUACUUACAUCAAUCCAGCUUUCAUGAAUUGGUCUUGACUGGGGGGUACAUAAUGAAAUUUCUGGUGUAUCUGAAUCACUGCAAUAAGCCACCUUAACGCAUACAAAUCUGUGAUCUCAUGGAUUUGGAAGUUCCCCCCAGUCAUACAAAUCAUAGCCGCCCCAUCCUGUUGCUCCAGGAUGUCUGCUUGUCCUGUGCUGCUCUUGUCUACAUCCUCUCCAAAGUUCAACACACCUUAACACACAGUUUUAUUAUACUUGAGAGAUCCUCCUGCUUGGAUUCAUCCAGAAGGUGCUGUUAACCCACCUGGCUUGGCUUCAAUUUCUGUUGCCCAAGGCAGCUGCCCUCAGGGAUGCUCUUGCCUCUGAAAUGAGGGGUGAAAAAUUUGAAAUGAGAACCAAGCUGUUAAAGGGCCUUAGGAGGGAUAUUCAGCCCCAUUCCUUUUUUCCCCCAGUACCACGAAACUGAAAAAUCUUUCUCCUUACUCCAAGAAUGGGGGUAAGAAUACAUUUUCCAGAACACCUGAUUUUAGAACAGGUCAAAUUUCCUGUUUGGAAACCUAAGCCCCUGGGGGAAAAAACAAUGCCUAGCAAUGCACUAGUUAUCUAGAACUGAGAUAAUAUUUUUCACUAGCAUUACAGUGAAAUUGCUUCCUGUAUCACAAAGGAAUACUGCCCUUGGUCUACUUAAAAAUUAAAGUCUCACACAGCAACAUAUUUGUGGGUGGGAUUUGUGUAUGUUUGUCAUUCUUUUUUUACUGAAAACAUGACAAUUAAAAUAUCAAGAGAAUACAUAUAGCAUGUGUGAAAACCAAAGCUUGUGUACUUCUUACAACUAACCUAAGCCCUUAUGAAAAUGGACAAAACAAUGAGUUUGCUAUAAACAUUAUGAGAAAUGUCCAAGGGAGGCAAGACCAGCAUUAAUACAGAAUUGCUAAAGUGCUUAAAUAGAGCAUGCCUUGUUUGUGUCUUAAGCCCUCAUGGAUUUUAUUCUGGGUUUGGUUUGUGAAACUCCUUCUUCCAUAUUUCCAGGAACAUUAGGUGCAAGUAUGUGCUAUAUGACUGAACCUUUUUUUUUUCUUGCUUAUUUACCGUGGACGUAUUUUAACCCUAUAUAGAGAUAUGCAUGAAUGAGUCAUGCAGUUGUAUAAAUUAUGUAUUGCACCAGUGAUGGUUUAAAAAAGGAAAAAAAGUUUGGUUUGUGUAUUUGAAAUGUAAGUACAUUUUGUGCCACUAACACUGUGAUGUAUAAAAUGAGCUGUUUGAAUGCCUUUUAAUGUUGUGUUUUGUACUUGGAAUCAUAUUGAAAAGUUUAAUUUGUAAUUUCAAUACAUAUUUUAAAUGAUUGUG